AUGGAAGAGAAAAGAAACAGAAAGAAAAAUUUCAGUCAUGAAGAAAUUCUUAUUUUAAUUGAUGGAUACAAAGAGAACAAAACAGUCCUUGAAAGCAAAUUAAACUCGUCUGUCACAAACCGAAAAAAAGGUGAGAUCUGGCAGGACAUAACAAACAAAAUAAAUGCAAAAGGCUGUGAGCAGAGGGAGAUAAAGGAAGUAAGCAAGAAGUGGAGCGAUCUUAAGACACAAGCAAUCGAGGAUUUUCCUCGCACAAAACAUGUGCCCACUGGAGGGGGUCCGAGACCUGAGCCUAGCCCAUACUCCACCGUUAUCCUGGAAAUAAUUGGCGACAACUCACCCACCGUCUGCGGAAUCACUGGAGUUGAAAGUGGAACUGAAGCCACAGACGACAUUGCUCAAAGUGUUGCAUCAGGUCAGCCAACCUGCGACAGCCAACUCGCAACAGAAACUUGCGCUGAAAACAUUGUUGCGCCAGCAUCAGCGGGAGAUCUGCCUGUGCUUCGUACAGACCGUCCAGAGAGCACACAAGACAAAGAAACGCUAGUCGACAAUACAAAGAAAAGGAAACGUACAAAUGAGCAGGAUGAAGACAUAAACUAUAGCCGCUGUAAGCUUAUCAAACUUGAAUGUGCGAAAGUAGAACAGGAGAUCUUAAAAAUAAAAAGUGAACGAAAAAAGCUAGAACUCGAAAAUGUGAAACUAAACCUAGAAAUAAUUAAAUUACAAGAGGAGUUAAAGCCUCUUGGCUACUCCUUCAACAUCGUUGAAAUGUAG